AUGCAACUAGUCCAACUGAUCCCGGAGAGGGGCUUUUCCCGGGCAGACCUAUCUCCCGCACGCUUCGCUGCCAUUGCGCAAGGAGCCUUGAGUAUGGGCGAGACACUCCAGCUGGUCCACGAUGUUCUUGAGCUCGGCCCGAGAUUGGUGUAUGUCUUUAUAGACAACCUCACCAUCGCGGUAUUGUGUCGUUUGAAGGGUGGGUACCGGCUCUCACAGAGUGCUAACGUGCCUGAUACGAGCGAGUUGGAGUUUGGAACCAAGAUUUGCUUCACUACAGAGGGAUACGUGGAUGGUCUGGCGCAGGUUGUAGAGCCGCAGUUACUCGGCAAGGUUGAGUUUGAUCUAGAAACCAAUGAGGCCAAGGCGAUGGAGGUUGGUGAAGCACUGGAAUGCGGUUCCUGA